AUGGGGGCUUCUAACAAACAACGGAGAAAAAGACCUGCUCUUCUGUCCCGCACCCGCCCACCAACUGUCCGGGCAAAGCAUGCGGCCUUGUCGGCGAAAGCUACUCGAAAUCUCAUUCGAUCACACCAUCGACUACUCAAGGCGCAUGCCCAAGCUGUACGGGCCGGUGAUGAUGCUUUGGUCGGAAAGAUCGAAGCGCAGAUCCGGGAAAAUGGUGGCUUGGAAAGCUACCAGCUCGCAAGCAAACUUGGCCAGUCUCUAGAUCGUGGAGGCGACUCUAGCAAGGUCUUGGUUGAUUGGAUAGCUCCUCGGUUACUGCCAAUGGCAAAUACGCCCUACAAGCUCCGAGUACUCGAGAUUGGAGCUCUAAGUACGAAGAACGCUUGUUCAAUGAACAAGUCACUGGAUGUCACUAGGAUAGAUCUGAAUUCUCAAGAACCGGGAAUCUUGAAACAGGACUUCAUGAAAAGGCCGCUUCCUCAAAACGAGUUCGACAGGUUCCAUAUCAUCAGUCUCUCCUUGGUCCUCAAUUAUGUUCCCGACGCUGCCGGUCGGGGUGAAAUGUUGAAGCGCUGUAUAUCCUUCUUGACCACAUCACCGCCCUCCGGGUCUUCUCUUGAUGUUACCCCAAGCCUAUUUCUGGUCCUGCCAGUCUCCUGUGUUACCAAUUCGCGCUACCUCACCGAAAGCAGGCUGCAAGACAUAAUGUCUAGUAUGGGCUUUGCGUUGGCUAAGACCAAGCAGACUUCCAAGCUGAUAUUCCAACUUUGGGAUCAGGUUGGCGACUACAACGCCAAACCUUUCAAAAAGGAAAUCUUGAACCCUGGAAAAACAAGGAACAAUUUUUCAAUUAUCGUCAAGUGA